GGGUUAAAGAACUAUUACUCUGAGGUGUGAUGAAGCACGCGCACGGCUUGACUGCAGGAUUGCGAUCUCUCUCUCUCUCUCUCUCUCUCUCUCUCCAGGUUCAGCAUCUCAGAGUGAAUCGGGCAGCAGAUGCCAUCACCUGUCGCGAAGCUGCACACUGCUGCGAGAGCGCGCACGCAAGAGGCUAGUUCAUCAGAUAACGCUGCUGACAGAUUUAACCUGCACAAUGUUUCCAUGUGUUUUUUACAUUUAUCUACUCUUCUCAUCUCCUUCGAGGAGUGUUUCACACUUUCCUGCGUUUUACUGAUACAUAGGCUACUCAGAUCCAGAAUGGAGUCAUUUAAUAAAUCCAGGUGGGCGGGGUCAGUCCCAGGGGAUUAUAACUCCUCUUCCUUUGGACUGGGAUUUACAGGAACUCCAGUUGGGAAUUACACUGGCAAUGUGUCCGAUCAAAGCAUGCCAUUUCAAGGGAGCAGCACGAUGGUUACUGCAGUCAUAUCAUUCACCGUGUUCAUCGUUGGACUCACUGGCAACACUCUGGCUAUCUACGUAGUUUUGCGUUAUGCUAAGAUGAAAACUGUUACAAACAUCUACAUUUUAAACUUGGCUGUGGCCGAUGAGCUGUAUAUAUUGGGCCUCCCUUUCCUUACGACGCAAAACGUACUGUCCUACUGGCCGUUUGGCUCAUUCCUGUGUCGCGUCGUCAUGACGGCAGACUCGUUAAAUCAAUUCACAAGCAUCUUCUGUUUGACAGUGAUGAGUAUUGAUCGCUAUUUAGCAGUAGUGCAUCCUAUCCGCUCCACUAGGUGGCGCCGACCACGAGUAGCUAAAGCAGUUAGUGCAGCGGUGUGGGCGUUUUCCUUCAUCGUUGUUCUCCCCGUGGUGAUAUUCUCUGACGUUCAGGACAUGUUUAACUCAUGCAACAUGAGUUGGCCGGAGCCACGAGACGUUUGGUCGACGGCAUUCAUACUUUACACCGCCACGCUCGGAUUCUUCGGCCCCCUGCUGGUCAUCUGCAUGUGUUACCUGCUCAUCGUAGUCAAGGUGAAGUCGUCCGGUGCACGGGCGGGAUUUACGAAGCGCAGACGCUCUGAGCGGAAGGUGACCCGCAUGGUGGUGGUGAUCGUGGUGGUGUUCGUCCUCUGCUGGCUGCCCUUCUACAUCAUCAACAUCGUAAACCUGGUGUUCAUACUCCCGGAGAACAGCGUGAUGGCAGGGGUGUAUUUUUUCGCCGUCAUCUUGUCGUAUGCCAAUAGCUGUGCCAAUCCGCUGCUCUAUGGGUUCUUGUCCGACAACUUCAAGCAGAGUUUCCGGAAGGUGCUGUGCGUGCGCAAGGCAAACGGCGUGGAGGAUGGCGAUCCCAGUCUGCCCCGGACGGAGAAAACGACGACCCACGAUACGUUCCUGACGCCGCGGAACAAUGACGUUAAUGGACACGUACAGGGCAGCCAGGAUCUGCAGUUACAGUCUUGCAUGAGUGCGUCUGAGAAGCCUCAGCCUGCAAGACCCCAGAUCAUUGGCCAGUCCACACUCUAAACGCUGUUUCUCUCUCUGUCUGUCGUUUCCAUCUUUAUUUCGUCUCCUUUCCUGUGCUCUAUUUGUCUUAUCGUCUCUCCGUUCAUCCCUUCAAUUUGUCUGUAUGUCCACCUGUCUCUUCUUCUGGCUUUUUGUGGAAGUGUGGCCUGAGCCUCAAGCCACACCCCUGAAUGUGCCAGUGACUCCGCCUUCCCACACAGCAGAGCUCAGCCUCCACCCGGUGCCCCUCAUCGCCACGCCCAGCUCCAGCCGUGACCUGUGACCCCAGCGGGUCGUGAGAGCCCAUCCGAACAAUCCCAGGAUACUUUGUUUUUGGUGGAGGGUGCAGUGUUUGCUGAAAAACACCAGCGUCUUCACGCUCUUGGAAAACCUGGAAAUAUCAGGAAUUUUAAAACGGCUUGGAAAAUUCUAUGUUGAAUUUAAAUGCUUUAAAAUAGUUAAUCAGCUAAGAAUUACUAUUUGUGAAUUUGUGUAAAACUCUAUUUAAAAUCCUGAGUCUGAGACCACAGUCUGCUUCAUAUUUUUAGAAUACAAUUCUUUCAACACAAAAUAUAAUAUCAGCAAAGCAAUUUUUAGUUUUUGCUUAUAUGAUUAAGUGCAAAGCCUGACUUUUUCCAGCAUGACCUAACAAGGAGUCUGAAAUAUUUCCUAUUUUAUGUCAUUUUACAUUUAUUUGUUUUACAUUUUUCAAAAUCCAGACAUCUUUUGUAAAUUUUCUGGUUUAAAUUACUUUGGUCUCAGACUUUUGGGCCCUACUUUUAAAUAUAGUUUUAAAAAAGGAUGAGAAAACAGAAGAGGGAUUUAAAAGAGAGACAGGACUUCAGAUGCAAGUGAAGGGGAUUUAGAGAUGAUGAAUGUUGGUAUAUUGCUUUUCACACACACGCGCGGACACACACACACACAACAGAAACAUUUGAUCCAUUUUCCUGCAUUAAACACAAAAUAACCUUUUCUCUUUCUCCUCUACGAUCAAAUGAUUGAUGUGAAGUGAACAAAAAAGAAACACACACACACUGCUACAGCUGAUUGUG